AGCCCAAUUGUAUAAAACCCUAAAAUUAAUAUUAUUAGGGCAUAUACAAACCCCUCUGCAGUACUCCAACAACGACAGCAGCAGCCGCCUUUUUCUCCCGAACUCAACUCCAAGCUGGUUAGGGUUUCCCUACCCUUCGAUUCAGCGUUUUCAAGAUGUAUUCUUCAUCGAAGAAGAUCCAAAAGGACAAGGAUGUUGAACCCACCGAGUUCGAGCAGAGUGUUGCUCAGGCAUUGUUUGACUUGGAGAACACACACCAAGAGCUCAAGAGUGAGUUGAAGGAUUUGUACAUCAACUCUGCAAAUCAAAUUGAUGUCUCCGGAAACCGAAAGGCUGUUGUUGUUCACGUUCCAUAUAGGUUGAGGAAAUCAUUUCGCAAGAUUCACACUAAGCUUGUUAGAGAGCUUGAGAAGAAGUUCAGCGGCAAGGAUGUGGUCUUCAUUGCCACUAGACGCAUUGUUAGGCCUCCAAAGAAAGGCUCGGCAGUCCAGAGACCUCGUUCCCGCACCCUUACAUCCGUGCAUGAAGCCAUGCUGGAAGAUGUGGUGCACCCUGCUGAGAUUGUGGGGAAACGUGUCCGAUACAGACUCGAUGGUUCCAAAAUCAUGAAGGUUUACUUGGACCCAAAGGCUCGUAAUGACACCGAGUACAAGCUAGAGACAUUCAGUGGAGUGUACAGGAAGCUUUCCGGUAAAGAUGUAGUCUUUGAGUACCCUAUGAACGAAGCAUGAGCACGCUAUGGUUUUGAAUUGGUUGCCUCAUAUUUUAUGUUAAUUGACAAGUGUUGUUUUAGGUUUCUGAAUUUUUGACUUGUGCUAUAGUAUUAUUCUUGUCUCCUGGAAGUUCUUUUUACGUUUGCUGAUUGUUCAAAGCG